GCCUCGGAUUUUGAGCGGCUUUUUACGCUUCUGCUGACGCCUCGGAGGCCAAAAGCCGUUUCUGUUUGGGUGAAUCCCCGGUGGGGAUUAAGGGUGAGGGUUCGGAUCGAGAGCGGCGGCGAUGAGGGUGAAGAAGCAGAAGCGCCACCGCAAGGUGGUGCGGUUCUACUCGGCGUGCUUCGGGUUCCGGGAGCCCUACAAGGUCCUCUGCGAUGGCACCUUCAUCCACCACCUCCUCCACCACCGCCUUACCCCGGCCGACGACGUCAUCUCCCACCUACUCGGCGCUCGCGCCCUCCUCUUCACCACCAGAUGCAUAAUUGGAGAGCUCAGAAGCCUUGGGGAGUCCCAUUCCGAGGCCCUUGAGGCCGCCCAGCAGCUCUUCACGGCGAGGUGCGACCAUGAGAAGAGGGUCGGUGCUACGGCGUGUGUUGAGUCGGUAAUCGGAGAGACGAACUCUGAGCAUUUCUUUGUCGCCACUCAAGAUGCAGAUAUGCGUAAAAAGUUUCGGGAGGUUCCUGGUGUUCCUGUGAUAUAUGGUCUUAGAAAUUCCUUGUUCAUCGAACAACCCUCUGCACAGCAGCGACAAUAUGCCAAGUCCACCGAGGAAAAGCACUUGCAUAUGGGUGAAUCAGAAUAUCUGAAGCUGUAUAAGAGUGAUUUGAAGGGCGUAAUAACAAAUGAUUCUACUAACCGAGUAACAGAGGGCACACAGCUUACAAGAAAUAUUAGCACUACAAAAAGAAUGCUAGGUGUUGCAGAGAAAAGUAAAUUUAAGAGAAAGAGGGCAAAGGGACCAAAUCCACUCUCAUGUAAGAAGAAAAAGAAAGAUGAUACUUCAGCGCCCCAGAAUCAGAUAAGAAUAUAUGGGCAGCUUCUGGUAUCUAACCUUCAAGUCCUAGUUGCAUUCUGAAGGUUGUCUAUUAGAUCAUGAUGGUGUGGAUUCUGGUGCUACAAAGAAGAAGAUUAGAAAAAGAAAGAGGGCUAAAGAGAUAGGAAGCUAGAAGAGUUUGCAUGGUGAAGCAGAAAAAGAAGAGUUUCUGGCCCUUAAGCUCUCUUACCUGCUCCCGAUGAAGUUAUAUUGAACUUGGAACCUGGGUGGAGACUUGUGAACUGACUAUUAAUGACCAUGGAGCGUUAAACCUGGCUGCUAUCAACAAGUUUUGAUCUCAGUUUCUUAUGGAAAAUGUGCGAUGAUUAAAUGUCAGUUUUGAGUGUAUUUUUCAUGGUUUUCUUCUCGUGUUUUCUUUAGAAGGAUGAUAGAUUCUAUUGUUAUUUUGAACAAGGAUAGUUCAUCGCCAGGUUUAAUGAAUCCUUUGCACGGAGUA